AGGUCAUAAUGGCAGAAGAAGAAAUUAAUGAAGACCAUCCAGCAGAAAUCCAUGAGUAUUUAUCAGCAUUUGAGAAUUCCAUUGGUGUUAUAGAUGACAUGCUGAAGACCAUGAUGUCUGUUUCUAGAAAUGAGUUGUUGCAGAAGUUGGACCCACUUGAACAUGCAAAAGUGGAUUUAGUUUCUGCUUACACAUUAAAUUCAAUGUUUUGGGCUUAUUUGGCAACUCAGGGAGUUAAUCCUAAGGAACACCCAGUAAAGCAGGAAUUGGAAAGAAUCAGAGUGUACAUGAACAGCGUCAAGGAAAUAACUGAUAAGAAGAAGGCUGCCAGGCUGGACAAAGGUGCAGCUUCAAGAUUCGUGAAAAAUGCCCUCUGGGAACCAAAACCUAAAAAUGCAUCCAAAGUUGCUAGUAAAGAAAAAAGUAGCCGA